ACACCAUAUCACUCACAUCAAUCCUCUCUCUUUACAUCCUAUUUCCACUAGGAGCACAAUACAUACACCCAACUGAUAACUGCAUCCACAUCUAAGCAUGUCUCAUUCCGCUCGCCAAACCCUCUUCCUUCGCUACGUCCUCGUCUUUCUCUCGCCACCAUCCAUCUUCACUAUCAGCACACUCUCAGCGCGCACCCACUCUUUCUCGUUCACCCAGAACACAAUACAAGCACACCUCUGUCUACUUUUAUGCGCGCCUCUCGCUGCGUCAAGCCUAGUCAGCGCUUACGUUGUGUACAAAUCGCAUCGUUCGCAGCGGAAGAACAGCUCUGUUGAUGCGGCUCUCGUGCUUGCUCUCGACGUCAUAAUGGGCUCGGUAUUGUUGCUCACGGCAGUUGCAGGUUGGUUCAUUAUGCGUGCUGAGAGCAUGUUGCAUAAAAGCUUGGACCCAAGGUUCGAAGUGUGGGCCCGUUGGGGCGUUGUGCCGCUUGUUAUUGCAUUCUGUAUCCACUACUUCCUCGCCUUCGCGUCGCUCGAGAACGGGGUCUUACUUAGCGCGAGUGGUGGCGACAUUGCGUUCGAUUCGACAGCCGAGUUUCGAAACGUCUUGUUCGCUGACAGGAAAGGCACCGGUGGGGCGACGCCAUUCUUGACGUUCGACUGGGAGAAAGUGCCUGAGAAGGACCCGAGGGUGUUGAUCGGGUGGAGUUCGAAUUCAGUAGUCUGAAGAGAAGGAUCUGCAAGCUGUUGCAGGGUUCCAGGUUGUUAGGUGAGGUGGGAAUAACGCAAGGCGAAGAGGAGUCCGUUAUCUGCAUGGACCGAGAACGAAUACCGGGGUUUGUGGAGUAUCCACAUGUCUGUAUAUAGAAGUCAACUUUAAUAUCACAUGGGUCACGUAUUGAGCAUCAAGAAUGGAGCGCGUGCGCCACGCGCCUCUUAACAUGCUGUAGUAG